AUGGCGUCGCAAUCCCUGACCUCACAUCUCCUUUCCCUUAAUCAAGACCAAUUCAACCGCGCAACACAAUCGCGCUUCCUGGCUCGAGCCGCUUCCGGCACCCUGUCCAAACCGCUUAUCUCACACUGGCUCGCAAAUGACCGCCUCUAUAUGCAAGGCUACAUCCGGCUCACCGGAGAACUUCUGCGAAUCAUCAAGAUGCCAUCGAAGCCGACGCCAAGUAAGUCCGCUGGAUCCGUAGAUCCUCGCCUGGUCGAUUGGCUUGUCGAUGCAAUCGUCAAUAUUAGGCGAGAAGAGCGAUUCUUCAUGGACGUAGCAGAGCGAUAUGACCUUGACGUUGAUCUGACCGAGAGUAAUGGCGAGAGCAUCAAAGAGGAGAAGAAGAUUGAGGGACUCAGGAGAUUCGAAAAGUUGUUCGAUAGCUUGACUACAGGCCAGUCGUCUGAACCGGUGUUGCCGUGGCUGGAAGGGGUGGUACUGUUUUGGGCCACUGAGAAGGUCUAUUUUGAAGCGUGGAGCUGGGCGAAGAAGCAAGCGGAAGGUUCAACAGGGAAGAGCAAUGCGUCGGAUGCGGAUGGGGGAGCAAUGAGGAAGGAGUUCAUCCCAAAUUGGACAAAUGAUGAGUUCAUCAACUUUGUGGACACUUUGGAGAAGAUCUUGAACGAUGGUGUGCAGGAUGCGAUACGCGGCGAUGGAGGCGUGAGAAAGCAGAUUGAGGAGCGGGCGGAACAGGUGUGGCAGCAAUUAUUGGAUGCUGAAGAAGCCUUCUGGCCCAGAGUCGACUAG